UAUUCAGUUGACAUUACCAGAGCCCCAAAAAUCGUUGUCAUCAUGACAGCCUAGUAACAGCAGGGAUGGACAUGGCGGCAAGAACAUGAACCUUACAUCUCACACGAUUCUCCUGAUGUCUGUCUAUGAACGAGCAUGAAUGAGCAUCGCAAUAGAUGCACCAGAAUUCUCAAAUAAUUACCGAUGGUGUAGAGACUGAACCGCUAGAGGUCUCGCCCACUCGCUCGCUCGUGCAACCGGAGGCUUCACGGAGGGCUCCGCUGCUGUCAGACUGACUCCACUGCUCAGCGUUUGCCACACUUGGAUAAAAGUGGACGGGGGGACUUGGGUCCGGAGACGGGAUUCAGGAGCUGUGUUUUUCUUUUCUUUUCUUUUCUUUUCUUUUGGGGAGACACUCGCCAGUGGAUUGUGAUCAUUUUGUGAGGUUGAAUUAAGGCUGGACAGUGGUGAUGUCACUGCAAAUGAGUGAGGCAGAGGGGGCUGUGAAGGUGGAAGAGUGGCAGCAGACGUUUUAUGCCUCAGACUCGGGCAUUCAUUCAGGAGCCACCACCUUUCGAGAUGAGGACCAAUCUGAGUGCAGUAAGAAGUACAGCGUCAGUGCCAGCGAUGGCGAGAGCGCCACUGAUAUAGAGGCUCAGUACAGUCUAACUCGAGCCCAGAGAGUACGUGCGGCCAUGUUCCCCGAGACAGUGGUGGAGGGAGAGACGGUGCUCACUGCGCAGAGCAAUCCAGACCAGCCCACCAAUGUGCAGAGACUGGCCGAGCCCUCGCAGCUCCUCAAAACAGCCAUCGUCCAUCUCAUCAACUAUCAGGAUGACGCCGAGCUGGCCACACGGGCCGUACCAGAGCUCACCAAACUGCUGGCCGACGAGGACCAGGUGGUGGUAAAUAAGGCAGCGCUGAUUGUGAACCAGCUUACUCGGAAGGAGGCAUCUCGCCGUGUGCUCAUGCAGUCUCCUCAGAUGGUGUCGGCUGUGGUGAGGGCCAUGCAGAACACCGGAGACCUGGAGACGGCACGCUGCGCUGCCAGUGUCCUGCACUGCCUCUCGCACCAGCGCGAGGGACUGUUAGCUAUCUUCAAAUCAGGCGGCAUCCCUGCACUAGUGCGCAUGCUCAGUUCCCCUAUGGAGUCAGUGCUGUUCUAUGCCAUUACCACGUUACACAACCUGUUACUGCACCAGGAGGGAGCCAAGAUGGCGGUGCGUCUGGCCGAUGGACUGCAAAGGAUGGUCCCUCUUCUGAAAAAGACUAACCCCAAGUUCCUGGCCAUCACCACAGACUGCCUGCAGCUGCUGUCUUACGGCAAUCAGGAGAGCAAGUUGAUCAUCCUGGCAAAUGCUGGGCCAGAAAGUUUGGUGUUCAUUAUGAGAAACUACAACUAUGAGAAGCUCCUAUGGACCACCAGCAGAGUCCUGAAGGUGCUUUCUGUCUGUCCAAGCAACAAGCCGGCUAUUGUUGAUGCUGGAGGUAUGCAGGCUCUGGGCCAACAUCUCACAGGUUCGAGUCAGCGCCUGACACAGAACUGCCUGUGGACCCUGAGGAAUCUCUCUGACGCUGCAACCAAGCAGGAAGGCCUGGACGGUCUCCUGCAGAUCUUAGUGAGUCAGCUGGGUUCAGAUGACGUGAACAUGCUGACCUGUGCUACUGGCAUCUUGUCAAACCUCACCUGCAACAACGCACGCAACAAGGCCCUGGUCACUCAGAGCGGUGGGGUGGAGGCCCUCAUUCACGCCGUGCUCCGGGCUGGAGAGAAGGAGGACGUGGCCGAGCCGGCCGUCUGCGCCCUGCGUCACCUCACGAGCCGCCACAUCGAUGCAGAGCUGGCCCAGAAUGCAGUGCGUCUGCACUAUGGCAUCCCAGCCAUCACCAAGCUCUUAGGCCAGCCGCACUAUUGGCCUGUGGUAAAGGCCACAGUGGGUUUGAUUCGUAACUUGGCCCUGUGUCCGGCCAAUCAGGCGCCUCUAAGAGAAUCUGGCACAAUCCCUCGACUGAUCAACCUGCUAUUGAAAGCUCAUCAGGAAACUCAAAGACAUGGCUCAGCGGCCCAGCAGACCUAUCAGGAUGGCGUGCGAAUGGAGGAGAUCGUGGAAGGCUGUACAGGGGCUUUGCAUAUACUGGCCAGAGAUCCCAUCAACCGAGGGGAGAUCGCCAGCUUGCAGACCAUUCCUCUGUUUGUGCAACUUCUGUACUCCUACGUGGAGAACAUAAAGCGUGUGUCCGCUGGUGUUUUGUGUGAACUGGCUCUGGAUAAGCAGUCUGCUGAGAUGAUUGACGCAGAAGGAGCAUCUGCACCUCUAAUGGAGCUCCUGCACUCUCCCAAUGAGGGGAUUGCCACCUAUGCUGCAGCUGUUCUCUUCCGGAUCUCGGAGGACAAGAGUUCAGACUACAGGAAGCGUGUGUCGGUGGAGCUCACCCAUUCCCUCUUCAAACAUGACCCUGCAGCUUGGGAAAUGGCACAUGCCGCCAUGCCACUCGACCCUGGAUAUAUACCAGAUGAUCUGGAUGCAGUUUACCCUCCAUAUGGUUACUCUGAUUUACACAUGGACGGCCUCCCGCUGGACGCUGAGCUCCAUGAGCAAUACAUGCCAGAAAUGACCUAUGACCCUCGACAGGUGUACCCAAAUCCCCUCUAACAACACUGCCAGCAGUCUUCAGGUCAAAUGAAGUGGAUGAUGAUGAAGACCCCAAACCAGUUUGUUCCCUG